AUGCAUGUGGAAAAAGUCUCUAAUUGUCAGACGUCGCUAAGGUCGAAACACAGAAUACCGCAAGAAUGUAUUGUGGACUGCAAUGAACAGUCGGUUUGUAUUAAAAAAUUAGAUCUUGUAAAUGAUACAUUAGAAAAAAUCGGCUUAUAUCUGAACUAUUUCGAAAAGUUUCAAGAUUUAAUAGCUCUUUGGAUUGUACAGUAUCCUGUACAUGUCAAUACUGUACUAGACUUCAUGACUUUGUCUCUUUUAAGGUUGGAUAAAAUAAACGAUCAUAUAGAACAAUUGUCAGAGAUUGAGAACUAUGACUUGAAAUGUAUGUCAAAAUCAUCUCUUAUAGUCAAUCGUCACUAUAUUCGACGCACAGAGUACCGUAAGCGUAUGCUGUGGAUUGCAAUGCAUCUUCAUUUGGAACUUUGCCAUGUGGCUCGCAAAAUUAAUGCUUUAUACGGAGAGCGAAUGACAGUACAAAUGGCAUCUUACUUUGUUCUGUUUACUGGAUAUGUUUAUAAUCAAUAUCAUAUAAUUCUAUGUUUGAGCAACGAGAACGGAUUAAUAAAAUGGUACUUUAUAAUUUCCGGCACUAUAUGGACCAUUUAUUUUUUAAGUAAACUUAUAAUAGUAAAUCACAUUUGUGAAAGUGUUAGUGCCAAGGCAGAAAAAACCAAAAUUGUAAUUCAUAAAAUGACACAUCUUAUUCGUUUUGCAGAUGCGUAUGAUGAGAUUUAUCAGUUUGGUCUGCAAAUAUCGCUUCAUCCACUGAAGUUUACCGGAUUGGGCUUAUUUUAUUUUGGAUAUAAGCUCGUCCGUUCG